AUGCUAAAGUGCGUAUUAUUCAUCCUGUCGAUCGGCUUCGCGGCGAAUCUCAAUUUGAAUCCGGGAAAAAAAGAUGCAGACACAUGUAUGACAAAAGACAACGACGCAGGGAUUUGCGUAGUAUAUUAUCAAUGCAACGAAAAUGGUACGGUCAAUACUGACGGUGUGGGAAUUCUAGAUGAACGGUCUGGCGAUUUGCCAUGUCCGUCCUACUUAGAUACCUGCUGCAAAAUGUCGGAUACACGUGGAACAGACGACCCUAUCACGCCCAAGCCUAUACAUAGACAAGGCUGUGGCUGGCGAAACCCAAACGGCAUCGAUCCUCUUAUCAGGACAGGCAAGACAGGGGAUAUUGCCCGGUUCGGAGAAUUCCCCUGGAUGGUUGCUCUACUACAAGUACAACCCCUGAGUCCCAAAGAGCCAGGGGCAACGUUUAAUUUAUACAUCGGCGGUGGGUCACUUAUACACACUAGUGUUGUUCUAACCGCCGCACAUUUGGUCAAGACGGCACAUCACUAUCGCGCAAGAGCGGGGGAAUGGGAUACCCAGACGGACAAAGAGGUAUUCCCGUAUCAAGAAAGGGAUGUUGCUGAUGUUGUCAUACACGAGAAGUUUAAUAAACGCAACCUUCACUAUGACAUAGCUCUUCUAUUCCUGGAAUCAGAAGUAAAAUUAGCACCAAAUGUUGGUGUUGUGUGUCUCCCAAUAUCUGAAGCGGACGGCGAAAAAUGUUUCGCAUCUGGCUGGGGCAAGGAUCAGUUCGGGAAGGAGGGGCGCUACCAGGUUAUUUUGAAAAAGGUGGAGUUACCAGUCCUGAACCAUGAUGUAUGCCAGACGCAACUUCGUAAAACGCGCCUCGGGAAAUACUUUCAGCUGAGCAAGACCUUCAUGUGCGCGGGAGGCGGUGAUCAGGACACUUGCAGGGGCGACGGUGGAUCGCCGCUAUCUUGUCCUUUACCCUAUCAAGAAGAUCGAUACGCGGUAAGUGGAAUAGUUUCUUGGGGAAUUGGUUGCGGGCAGACUGGCAACCCUGGAGUGUAUGUUAACGUGGCAACAUUUAGAUCUUGGAUUGACGAGAAUGUUGCCAGACGCGGAUUCGACACUAAAAUGUAUACCUAUUUACUGUAA